GCUCCCGGAAGUGGCUCAGAGGCCGUGCGCCCGGCCCGGGCCGUGCUAGCUCCUGCUCUGGGCGAGCUGGGCCCGGGCAUCGCCAUGACCAGCGAGCUUGAUAUUUUCGUGGGGAACACGACACUUAUCGACGAGGACGUGUAUCGCCUCUGGCUCGAUGGUUACUCGGUGAACGAUGCGGUGACUCUACGAGUGCGUUCAGGAAUACUGGAGCAGACAGGCGCCACAGCUGGAGUGCUGCAGAGCGACACCAUGGACCACUACCGCACCUUUCACAUGCUCGAGCGCCUGCUCCACGCGCCGCCCAAGCUGCUACACCAGCUCAUCUUCCAGAUUCCCCCCUCCCGGCAGGCGCUCCUUAUCGAGAGGUACUACACCUUUGAUGAAGCUUUUGUCCGGGAGGUUCUGGGCAAGAAGCUGUCCAAGGGUACCAAGAAAGACCUGGAUGACAUCAGCACCAAAACAGGCAUCACUCUCAAGAGCUGCAGGAGGCAGUUUGACAACUUUAAGCGGGUCUUCAAGGUAGUGGAAGAAAUGCGGGGUUCCCUGGUGGAUAACAUCCAACAACACUUCCUUCUCUCUGACAGAUUGGCCAGGGACUACGCAGCCAUUGUCUUCUUUGCCAACAACCGCUUUGAGACAGGAAAGAAAAAGCUGCAGUAUCUGAGCUUUGGUGAUUUUGCCUUCUGUGCUGAGCUCAUGAUCCAGAACUGGACCCUCGGAGCCGUGGGUGAGGCCCCCACUGACCCAGACUCCCAGGUGGACGAUAUGGAUGUGGACUUAGACAAGGAGUUUCUCCAAGACUUGAAGGAGCUCAAGGUUCUAGUGGCUGACAAAGACCUUCUGGAUUUGCAUAAGAGCCUGGUGUGCACCGCCCUCCGGGGAAAACUCAGCGUCUUCUCUGAGAUGGAAGCCAACUUCAAGAACCUGUCCCGUGGGCUGGUGAAUGUGGCUGCCAAGCUGACCCACAAUAAGGAUGUCAGAGACUUGUUUGUGGACCUCGUGGAGAAGUUUGUGGAGCCCUGCCGUUCUGACCACUGGCCACUGAAUGACGUGCGACUCUUCCUCAAUCAGUAUUCAGCAUCUGUCCACUCCCUGGAUGGCUUCCGGCACCAGACCCUCUGGGACCGCUACAUGGGCACUCUCCGUGGCUGCCUCCUGCGUCUCUAUCAUGACUAAGGCCCUUUCCUUCCCUUUUGUGUACAACAUUGACAAUAAAGUUGCCAUGUGUUUGGAAA